CGGGGAAGCCUAGGCUGUCGGACCUCGGCAGCAUGACUUCACCCCCAUCCCUCUCCACGUCGCGCCCAGCCUCCCCAGAGCCAGACAUCCUUCAACACCAACGCCCAACCAUCGCCUCACAAUCCAAUAUUAGUCGCUUGUCGACUGGUGCGACGACAACAAUGUACAAACAGGCGACGCAGACGACGUCAGAGGUGCUGUCACUGCCCCCGAAAUGGCUGGGCAUGUACUCCGACUUCAUCACCAAGAACAGCAGCGCUGUGUCGCAGAUCGAGUCGGCGCUGCGGUCUUUGACGUAUAUUAUUCCUGGGCGCUUCCGAGAGUCUGAAAUCGCAUCCGAGUCGUUACACAGUGGUGUUCAGGUCCUCUCCUUGUACCAUGAUUCACUCCUCGCGAAGGCAAUGGCGCAGAUGCCAGGAACGCGACGGCACCCUCUCACCCCGCACCACCGAUACACCAAGUUCUGGACGCAGAACUCACCGACAUACAAGCGCAUUGCGCUGGUUCUCCAGAUGAUUCAGUACACCGAAUUAUUGUGGGAAAUGGCGGCUAAGAGGAAGGGUGAAAAGGUUCGGUGGCGCGUCGUUGUGUUGCUGGAGGUGGUUAAGGCUGUGUGUCGGUUGCUGCUGCUGCGGUUGACGAACUCAAGGCCACUGUUAUCGCCUCCUUUACCACAGAGGGAGGUUGAUCCGAGCUCAUUAGAAGACUCGUCGGCGUCGGCGGAUGGGAUGGAUACGCCGCCGAGUGAGGGCUCGGUGGAGGCAGAGAACUGGACGAUGCCGAGGACAGGAUUAUCGAUGCCAAGUUUACCAGAUUCGUCAGAUAUAUCAAGCUACCUACUAUCGAAGGUUCUUACAGCGGAUGAUAUCAAGCCGCCGAAAGCUUUAUUACAUCGUGUAAGUGGGAAGGGCGAACUGGCGGAAGCGCUAUACAUUCUACGACCGGUCAUCUAUGCCUUGGCUAUGCAACACUUCAGCGGCGACAGGAAGAGCUGGCGACCAUGGUUGAUCGGUGUGAGCAUCGAAUACGGCGCACGCCAACUUGCCAAGAAAGACUUCCAGGAGAGGCUCGCCGGGGGACUGAGAGGUUUAACUGGGCUAGAGCGCGAGGAGCUGAAGAAGCGAGGAUGGCAACUCGGCUGGUGGGCGAUGCGUGGCGCCUUCUACGAGAACAUCACCAAGUCCUGGAUACACAGCAUCACUGGAAAGCUUAAGGGUAAGCCUCUUCUAGACAUGGUUGGCGGUGUGAUUGAGGACUAUGAGUUCCUCUGGGACCAGUACUACUUCUCAACAGCAACGAUGUAGUCGAUUCUUUUUCUUUUGUAUUCUGACACAGGUUUUGGGGGAAAGUAAGCAGUUGGGU